GGAGUAGCGGAGGUCAGGGGCGCGUAGAACUGGACCCUUGUGAUCGCGUUGGCUGACAUUGACUAGUAGACGAGCUGAGAGCAGGAUUCGCCAUGGGUCUAAGACUAGACUUCGUCUGGCAGAUCCUGAUGUGUUUGGUGAUCUUCAAAGGCACAGCUGGGAGCCUCCUUGGGUUUUGGCCCUUCAACAGAGACACAGUCGAGGAGGACAGAAGCGGCCAUGGCCAGAACGCGGUGCUCAGUAAUGUCCGCACGUCUGGCAUAUUGAACAACUAUCUCACCUGGUACUACAGCAACGCUCACCUCACCAUACCAAACGGCGGAAGAUAUGUGAUGACUGGAUCAUUUACUAUUAUAAUGGGGUUAAAGCCACGCCAUUCGAGUUAUGGCAAUUCUGAUAAUGACGACUUUGUCAUAUUCCAAUAUGCCGGUGGGUUUGCUCUCUCUAUCGACACAAAGAAAUACGCCAUCACUCCUGUGACGUCAUCGGUAUCCUGCCCGGUGCAACUGACGACAUCAGGAAAUACUGCAAUCUUUACCUCGGAUUCCUGGUUAGUUGUGACCUACGACGCGCCGUCCCAGACCAUGAAGUUGCAUUACGGCGCCAGUACUUCCUCUUACAACACGGCGACAUUUACCUCCAUUGUGGGACCGUUCGAAAUGUCCGGAGACAUUGUUCUUGGAAGGCAAUAUUCUGGGGGUUGCAGUGAGAUUCCUUCCAAUCACCGAUUUGAGGGAUAUUUGAGGUGCCUUUAUUUGUUUGAUACGAAGCUAAACAUGCCCGACUUGACAACAGCCAUGGAACAAUGCUCCAGUGGAGACUACACGGACCCGGAAGACCAGUGUGCCAGUGGACCAUGCCAAAAUGGCGGGACCUGCACAGACGGACUGUUUUCGUAUUCCUGUACUUGCGUCUCUGGAUUUAGCGGGAGCAGCUGUGAAAUCGUUUUAGUCGUGCCAACUACGCAGGCACCAACGACUCAAGCACCGACUACGCAGGCACCAACGACACAAGCACCGACUACGCAGGCACCAACGACACAAGCACCGACUACGCAAGCACCAACGACACAAGCACCAACUACGCAGGCACCAACGACUCAAGCACCGACUACGCAGGCACCAACGACACAAGCACCGACUACGCAGGCACCAACGACUCAAGCAGCUACUACCCAGGCACCAACGACUCAAGCAGCGACUACGCAGGCACCAACGACUACCCAUGAAUCCACCACCAGUGAUCCAAAAUUCGUGUUCCUUUGA